AUGGGCCCCUGUACCGCCUCCUCAUGCUGCUGCCAGGCCCGUAAUCUGCCAUGGGCCCCUGUACCGCCUCCUCAUGCUGCUGCCAGGCCCGUAAUCUGCCAUGGGCCCCUGUACCGCCUCCUCAUGCUGCUGCCAGGUCCAGAGUCUCUCAUGGGUCCCUGUACGGCCUCCCAUUGCUGCUGUCUCCAUCGCCACACUCUGCCAUGUGCCACUUUCAGGUCUCCUCACACUGCUGGUGUGUUCCAUUUUUUGUCAUAGGGUGCUGGCAGAUUACGGGCCUCCCAUUGCUGCUGCCAGGCCCGUAAUCUGCCAUGGGCCCCUGUACCGCCUCCUCAUGCUGCUGCCAGGUCCAGAGUCUCUCAUGGGUCCCUGUACGGCCUCCCAUUGCUGCUGUCUCCAUCGCCACACUCUGCCAUGUGCCACUUUCAGGUCUCCUCACACUGCUGGUGUGUUCCAUUUUUUGUCAUAGGGUGCUG